GGUUGCCCGGCGCAUGCGUAGGAAGGACUGACGCCUUCAGCUGCUCUCCUUCCGCGGUCAGCAAUUAUCCCGACCGGAACAGCGAUCGCUCCUGCCCCUUUGCUUUCACCAGCGCAAACACCUGCAGCCAGUUCAUCGGCAGCGGGGCCCGCAGAGCAAGCUGGGGAUGUUCCCCCACUGGCUCCGCCACCUCCAGCCAGCCCGGCUCCCAUCCGGCACGCGAGCUGCAUCGCUGAAGAAGUUCCCAAACCCGCCUCGCCGCUCCCAGCUGGCCCGCUCCCCGCUGCUCCCUUCAGGUUGCCAGGGGAUACGGACGGGGACAAUGGCGAGCACCAACAGCCUGUCCCUCAGCAGGGGCGUGUCCUUGCAGCUGGGGGCCGGCCCGACCGUACCGCGAAAUCUGAAGAUCCACAUUCCCCUGGGAUCAUCACCUUCCCUGGGAUGGGGGCCCCCUUGCUCUGUGGGGUCCCUGCCAUGCCUUGGAGCACUCCAUGUGUCCAGCUCUCAUUCGCGGGGUGAGAGGAGUGGGGGCCUGAGAGGCUGUGGCUUGGUCCAUGUCCAGGUCGGUCGGGGAAAGGGCGGAAUGCCGGAGGGAUGGCCGAGACAUUGGCUGCGUGAUGGGGGCGGGUAGUGAAGGAGGAGGCGGGAGUGACCCGCUCAUCCUAGUGUUGCAGUGAGUUAUUCUAAUAUUCAAAUAAGAAUAGCAAAAUUAUGUAUUAGACGUAGUUAUGCUAAAAAUUGUAACCUAAGUAAGCUCUUAGCAUGAUAUAUGAGAACAAAAGACCAGUGUUGCAAGAAAUCAGUAGAGCAUGAUUAUCUAAAGAAUGUGCAGUAGAAGAAGAAAUUGUCGUCUACAUGAUGUAUGUCCAUAAGGAAUGUUCUGUUAGAGAUACAAUGUAACCGUUAGUCAAGGACCAGCUUAGAGAUGUCACGUAGAACAAAUAAAGCAAAGAGAUCAAAAAGAUGAAGUAAUCGUAUAAACAAAAAGGUAUAUAAAUCUUGUAAUUUUGUCUGGAGCCCGGGACUCUGAUUUUGGGACGUUAGUCUGCGAAGACCCCCAGGGCCCUCAAUAAAGCACCGCAUAAAACAACUUUGUUGUUUUGUGUUUUACUCUCUUUGGAUACGGGCAGCAGUUUUCUGGCGACCGCGGCAGGACUCCGAAGGUGGCUGGGGCGGUUCACGUCCUGAUCCACUCCACGCCGGCACCGAGUGAUUCUCGGGGAGUCAUCGGUUCGUGCCCGACCCCCGCGCCUGUCGGACGACUGUGAGGAGGUAAGCCCGAAGGUGCUUUAUUUCUGGUAUUGGUUCUUGGGUGCCUGUCCGUAAGACGAGGUGGCAAUCCUCGCAGGAUUGGGCUAAAGACGUCUUAGUGGAAAAGCCUAGGCGCCGGCUGUAAGACGCGGCGAAAGCUUCGCUUGUCCGGCACUUGCCCCUCGCGGCGACGAGUAGUGGCAAGAUUGGUUGGGUUGGUCUGUUCUAUUUCUCUCUUUGAAAAUUUCUUUUUGUAUUCUCUGUUUUAUUUCGCUGUGGUAAAAUUGUAUUUGGUUGGUCUGUUCUAUUUCUCUCUGAAAAUCUCUUUUUGUAUUCUUUGUUUUAUUUUGCUGUGGUAAAAUUGUAUUGUGAUAUGAUGCCUUUUAAAACGUUUAAAGCACUUGUCCAAUCCAAUGAGAUAGUGCCGGGGAAUACCCCACUGGGUUGUUUGGUAGGGAGAUGGAAAUCAGAAAGCUUUGAUCAAGACAGAUUACGGAAAGGAAAAAUGAUUGAUUUUUGUAAUCACUUGUGGCCCUUGUAUGCCUCUGAGGGAGGGCCAGAAUGGCCUUUAAAUGGCACAAUAGAUCACACUGUGAUAACUCCCCUAAUGCAGUAUUUAAGGAGGAAUGAGAAGUGGGAGGAAAUACCAUAUCUGGAUUUGUUUUACUAUUUGGGACAAAAGACAGAAUGGCAGAAGGAAUGUGGUAUUAUGAUGUUAAAAGUCCAAAAUGAUGAGGAGAAAGACUGUCUGGAAUGUGAGAAACGGAAUGUGUAUGUGAGCUGUGCAGUUAAAGCCAACUGAGAAGAGGAGGAUAUGUCACUGUAUGUUGCAGCCUCCACGCUACCUUUAGAACCAGAGAAAAAGGAAGGGAUAGAGAUUAGUAAGAAGGAUUAUGAGGAUUUGGAUGGGGAUGAUGAGGAUGAGGGGGAUGAUGAUACCGAAUCUUUGGAGACCCCAGGAGUCUCAUGGGCAAAGGUUACCCUUCGUCCCCAAACCCCUUCCCUCGGUAGUUCCCGUAGUGUUCAAAGAACUCCACUCGCAGCUUGCACGCGACAGGGGAGACAGAAUCAGGGGAAACCACACAUGAUUGCGCCGCUGAGAGAGGCAGUAGGGCCCCAAGGGUGGUAAUAAAAGUACCUUUCUCCCCGAGUGAUUUAGUGAUUUGGAAACAGUCAGCGGGAAGCUACCGGGAGGAUCCAGAGAGAACUGCGCGGGUGAUAAAAAUGGUUAUUAAAACACAAAAUCCUGGUUGGAACGAUUUGCAGGUGUUGUUAGAUACUCUGAUGGAUUCAACUGAAAAGGACAUGGUGAUGUGUGCUGCUAAGGAAAAGGCUAGGGAAGAUAUACGGGCACAGAGGCUGGCAGGAGUUACGGUGGGAGAAAUCGUGCCUACCGAUGACCCGGGGUAGGAUCCAAAUAGUAUUGAGGGGCAUCGGAGGUUGAAAAAGUUCCAGGAACUGUUGUUAGAGGGAGUAAGAACGGGAAUGCCUAAAACAUUAAAUUGGUCUAAGCUGUAUGCGGUAAAACAGGAAAAGAGUGAAUCCCCGUCAGCAUUUUUGGAAAGGCUGAAGGAAGCGGCAAGGAAAUACACUAGUUUGGAUGUUGAAAAGGAAGAAGGGCAGUUACAGAUAGCCUUGUUGUUUACGGGUCAGUCACAGGAUGAUAUUCGGAGAAAGCUGCAGAAAUUGGAGGGGGAGGAUACCCGGAGGCUAGAUAAACUUUUAGAGACUGCUUGGAAGGUGUAUAAUAAUAGGGAAAAGGAGACAGCAAAGAGACAACAGGCCAGUAUUUUGGCAGUAAUGCAGCAGCAGGCUGGAGGACAAAGGGGCAGAGGACGGGGAGGCAGAGGACGUGGACGUGGUGGUUUUUGCAGAGGCAGGGGAUUCUUUCUGAAUGCAGGGACAAAUAUGGGGGGUUUUGGCAACGGGUUUACUCAAGGAGGAUAAAGCUCAAAUCAGUGUGCAUUUUGUAAACAGAUUGGACAUUGGAAAAAUGAAUGCCCUGUAAGGAAUGGAAUGGGGGGAGGUGGAAAUGGGAGUGGAAUCGGGAGCCCUAUGGGAACUUACCCAAUAGCACCACCAGAUGUCGCCCAAGCCCAGGCAAUGAUGCUGGGAAAUUGUCAAUAUCAGAGCUGACUAGACCGGGACCUCAAGGUAAGGAUAGAGAUAGGGGGGUACAGAACAGGAGUUUAUGGUAGAUACAGGGGCUACUUAUUCAGUAUUAAAUAAACGUCUAGGACCAAUUAGUGACACUACCAUACAAGUGGUCGGAGCUAUGGGACAACUUGAGGAGAGACCCUUUCUGAAGCCCCUCAGUUUAAGGUUUGGUGGGAAGGAACUGGAUCAUCAAUUUUUAUAUAUGCCAAAUUGUCCAAAACCGUUAUUUGGUCGGGACUUAUUAUCCCUACUCAAUGCAAAAAUUAUUUUCGAAGAUGGGAGAGCUAAAUUGGAAAUUCCACAUGAAGAAAUUGGGAAAAUUUUCAUAUUAAAAGAAGCCGAUCCAGUGCCAAUCCCGCCCGAAGCAGAACAGGCAGUAGUCCCUUGGGUUUGGGAAACAGGAGUACCAGGGAAGUCCAAAGCAGCCCAACCCAUAGUGGUGGAAUUAAAAGAAGGAGCACAACCAGUUAGAAUUAAACAAUAUCCCAUUAAGACAGAGGCAAAGCAGGGGGUGGCUCCCACAAUAGCUCAAUUUAUUACUUUAGGGUUAUUACAAGAAUGUGAAUCGGAAUACAAUACCCCUAUAUUCCCGGUGCGUAAGCCAAAUGGUAAGUACAGGCUAGUACAGGAUUUAAGGGCAAUUAACAAAAUAGUUAAGGACAUCCACCCAGUGGUUGCUAAUCCUUAUACUUUGUUAACAUCUGUGUCAGAACGCUUUAAAUGGUUUACUGUGAUUGAUUUGAAAGAUGCCUUCUUCUGCAUCCCACUGGCCGCGGAAAGCAUGAAGUACUUUGCCUUUGAAUGGGAAGACCCUAACACAGGACGGAAGAAGCAGCUGACAUGGACACGUUUACCCCAGGGAUUCAGCAACAGCCCCACAAUCUUUGGCAAUCAGUUGGCCAAGGAACUGGAGGAAUGGAGGACCACCCAGGUGAAAGAACCACCGUCUAGUGAAACAGCAGAAGGGGAAUUAGCCCAUGACUGCAUGGAAAUAAUUGAGCAGGUGUACUCCAGCCGGAUGGAUCUGAAGGACACACCAAUGGAAGAUCCCGACUGGGAGUUGUUCACAGAUGGAUCAAGCUUCGUGGAAAGUGGGACCAGGUAUGCCGGGUACUCUGUUGUCUCCACAACCCAAGUUAUAGAAGCCAAAGCAUUACCUCCAGGAACCUCGGCCCAGAAAGCGGAGGUCAUAGGCCUUACAAGGGCACUGGUACUCAGCGCUGGAAAGAAGGUAAACAUUUGGACUGAUUCUAAAUAUGCUUUCGGGGUAGUACACAUACAUGGAGCUUUAUGGAAAGAGAGGGGAUUACUUAGUGCACAAGGAACUAUGAUCAAACAUCACACAGAAGUUUUAGCCUUACUAGAAGCAGUCCACAAGCCAGAAAAGGUGGCCGUCAUGCAUGUACGUGGGCAUCAGAAAGAAGAAGGAAAAAUUUUCCAAGGAAAUCGCCUGGCAGAUUCGGCUGCCAAGGAGGCUGCACGGCUGGUAUGGACCCAGAUGGCUUUGAUCCCUACAAAGGUAACCCCUAUUUCUCCUUACUUAAACAAACCACCACACUACUCAUCAGAGGAUGAGAAGCUGGCCAAAUUGUUGAGGGCACAGAAAAACGCAACUGGAUGGUACGUCACAACUACAGGACAAGUGGUGGUCCCAAAACAAAUAAUGAAUGCAAUCCUUGUUACAGAGCACAAUAAGUGUCAUUGGGGAGCAGAAGUAUUGGUAAAAUUUUUGAAAAAGGAGAUGGUUUCUAACCAGAUGUUAACAAUGGCAAAGCGGGUGAAUGCAAUGUGUCCGGUGUGUCUGAAAAAUAACCCCAUAGUUAGGAAGCAAAUCCAGCUAGGUAGGCUUCAAACUGGGGCAGAGCCAGGAGAUUAUUGGCAGUUAGAUUUUUCAGAAUUACCGAGGGUUCAGGGGUACAAGUAUGUGUUGGUGUAUGUGUGUACUUUCUCAGGAUGGCCAGAGGCCUUUCCCUGUCGUACCAAUCAGGCUAAGGAAGUAAUCAGGACUCUAUUAAAAGAGAUCAUUCCGAGAUUUGGGGUACCAUUGGGAUUGUCGUCAGACCGGGGACCACAUUUUAUUGCUAACAUUGUACAGGAGGUGGCUAGAAUGCUUGAUAUCACUUGGAAUCUACACACUCCCUGGAGACCUCAGUCGAGUGGUCAGGUUGAGAGAAUGAAUCAAACACUGAAAAAUCAAAUAAAGAAAAUCUGUCAAGAAGCCAAAUUGCAGUGGCCGCAGGCUUUACCGUUAGCUUUGCUCAGAAUUAGGAUAAAGCCUAGAGAAAGGGUGGGAGUCAGCCCUUUCGAAAUUCUGUACGGGAAACCGUAUCAUGCAACUACAUUGAGGGGCGACCCACAUGUGUCCGGAGAUCAGGUGAUUUUCAAUUAUGUUCUAUCCCUUCACAGAGUUCUCAGCGCCUCUGCGUGGAGCAUUGCAGUGGAAUCGACCACUGCCACUGGAAAAUCCUGUACAUGACAUACAACCAGGAGACCAGGUGUACAUAAAGAACUGGCAAACUGAUCCCCUGAGGGAAGCAUGGGAUGGUCCGCAUCAGGUGAUAUUGACAACCUUUACAGCUGUUAAAGUAGCAGGGAUCGACUCGUGGAUUCACUACACCAGAGUCAAGAAAGUUCCUGCACAAUGGGAGACACAAGUAUUAUCCCCAACUCGGAUGAUAAUCCGAGCAGAAGAACCACAUUGUUAAUUAUUGUAUUUCUGAUAGUAAUAAGAUGUCCUUCUGUUAAUGGUUUUGUUGUUGUAUCAGUCCCUGAACCAGUUGUAGGAGCACUGGAGGGAAUGAAUGUCAACUUAACUUGUGUUUUUACAGAUGACCAGAGAGCUGGAGCCAGGGAGGUGACCGUAUAUUGGAAAAGAGGGAACGGGAACCGUGCCGAAAAUCACAAUGCUGUCACAACUUGGGAUAAGGAUGCACAAAUUGGUAAUUCAAUCAUCACUUUAAGAAACAUAACUGCGGGGGGACUCAGACUUGUUUGGUCAGGAUCCGAUGGAGCUUAGAUUACAAAUACAUACAGUUAAGGGUUGGGAAUUGGGAGAGAAAUGAUACUGGGAUAAUCAUAACUCCUUCCACUGCUGAUGUUGAUAUGUGGGAUGGACCUCCUUUGCGAGUUAAUUGUUCUUUCACCACCCAGGAUUCUUGUGGUACUAUUUAUUCAGUCACAUGGUGGAAAUGGAAUAGUGCAGGAUUGUGGGACAAACCAAAGGGUUGAAGCAAUGCAUAGGUUACAGAUCAGGGAGGUAUGGGAUGGUACAAUGAGACACAACCACGAUUGGGAGAAUCAGAAUCAGAAGGAAAAUACAUUUGUAUAGUGGUUUGUGGGAUGCAAUCCUCAUAUGGAAAGAGAGAAGUUAAAGGAAGAGCACACCUGGGAGAGAGAAUGAGACCAUCACAUUGGGUAUAUCGAGCAGUGGCAGGAUCCCC